CCCGAUCUCUAGUGUACGCGCUUGGCACAGCCCCCCGUACAAGACACGAUCACAGACCAACCAGCAAGCCUGGGAGCAAGCACACGCCGGAGCUAUCGGCCAAUCCCGCCUAUAGUACCAAUGAUGAAUCAAUCGCCCGAUGGUCGACAGUUCAGUGUUAGUACAGUACUAGUACGUACGUACAUACGGUCGAGGCCAGUCUGAAACUCUACUUGACAAACUCCAGUCCAGUCAAGUCCAGUCACUCUGACGUUGCCAACUCCUGCUCGCUCGCCUCGAGCGAGCCAAUGAAGCGAGCCGAUCCCCGCUGGGAUGUGUGACCUGUUCCAAGAUCUGGGCUGUUCUGCGCAUGAUCAGUAACUGCGGGGAAGACGGCCGCGCUGGGCUGAGAAGGUUCGUGGCCGUCAUACUAUCAUGAAUGGAUGACGUCCAUCAUCUCACCCUGGAAUGGCCAGCUCCAGCUCCAACCCAGUCCCUUAAAGGGCAGCUCGUCCCUGCUGGGUGCCGUAGAAUGGUUUCCGGUCUAAUUAUCCUCUCUCUCACCCACCAUUUUAGCAAGAAGAAAGGAAAUAUCACAACCAUGUUUGACAAUAUUCAGGACACCCUCGGCAAGCACGGCGACCAUGGCAUCAAGCCCAUUCCCACGGUCAUCCCGACGCCGACCGAGUUCCAGAGUGCCGGCGACAGCGGCUUCAAGACCCUCUGGGUCGUCUUUGUCGUCAUGCUCAUCGCGUCCAUUGUCUUCACCGUCCGCUCGUGGAACGUCCCUGUGGCGCGUCGCCUCUACCAUGUCAUCACGACCAUCAUCACCCUGACGGCCGCCAUCUCGUACUUUGCCAUGGCCACCGGCCAGGCCACCAGCUACCACUGCGUCUCCGUCAAGGACCACCACAAGCACGUCCCCGACACCCACCACGACGUCUGCCGCCAGGUCUACUGGGCCCGCUACGUCGACUGGAGCAUCACCACGCCCCUCCUGCUGCUCGACCUGUGUCUCCUUGCUGGUAUCGAUGGCGCCCACACCCUCAUGGCCAUUGUCGCCGAUCUCAUCAUGGUCCUCGGUGGUCUGUUCGCUGCCUACGGCCAUGAGCACACGGCCCAGAAGUGGGGAUGGUAUGCCAUUGCCUGCAUUGCCUACCUCUUCGUCGUCUGGCAUGUCGCCGUCCACGGCGCCAAGAUGGUCCGCGCCAAGGGUGACCGCGUGUCCAAGCUCUUUGGCGGCCUCGCCGCCUUCACCUUGAUUCUCUGGACCGCCUACCCCAUUGUCUGGGGCGUUGCAGAUGGCGCUCGUCGUGCUUCUGUCGACACGGAGAUUAUUGCCUACGCCAUCCUCGACAUCCUGGCCAAGCCUGUCUUUGGCACCUGGCUGCUGCUCUCGCACAGGAAGAUCCCCGAGACCAACGUCGAGAUUGGCGGCUACUGGUCCAACGGCCUGGGCUCCGAGGGUCGCAUCCGCAUCGGUGACGAGGAGGGUGCUUAAGUGCUCUGUUCGACGAUCAAUGCGACGAGCAACAACAAGAAUCAAUCAACCAUGGGGAGGACGAGAUUGUGGAGGAUAACCCCCCCCCCCCCCCCCAAAACGCUGCCUAUAAUGCGCGUUGUAAGAGCAUGGCAAAGGAUAGUUCGCACCCGGCGCUGGGAGUCUGUGACAAUAGGAACUUAGCAUUGUAGCCAAAGUUAAUGAGAUUGAAUAACAUUUGACCGGACCGAUUGCGCAUGGAAGUUUGCGCGAAGUUUGAUCGUCUUGACUACUUACGUU